AUGCUGGGAGCAAAGCAACACUGGUUACCAGGUCUCCUACUCAGCCCCAGGGUGCCCUUGGCACUGAUGCUCCUGACCUUAGGGUGUGGAUGGGCCCAAGAGGGGGCAGAGCCUGUCCUGCUGGAGGGCGAGUGUCUGGUGGUCUGUGAGCCUGGCCGAGCAGCUGCAGGAGGGCCUGGGGGAGCAGCCCUGGGAGAGGCACCCCCCGGAAGAGUGGCAUUUGCUGCAGUCCGCAGCCACCACCAUGAGCCAGCAGGAGAGAUCAGCAAUGGCACCAGUGGAGCCAUCUACUUUGACCAGGUCCUGGUAAAUGAGGGUGGUGGCUUUGACCGCGCCUCAGGCUCCUUCGUGGCCCCUGUCCGUGGUGUCUAUAGCUUCCGGUUCCAUGUGGUGAAGGUGUACAACCGCCAAACUGUCCAGGUGAGCCUGAUGCUGAACACAUGGCCUGUCAUCUCAGCCUUUGCCAACGACCCUGAUGUGACUCGAGAGGCAGCCACCAGCUCCGUGUUACUGCCCCUGGACCCCGGGGACCGGGUGUCCCUGCGCCUGCGUCGGGGGAACCUACUGGGUGGCUGGAAAUAUUCAAGCUUCUCUGGCUUCCUCAUUUUCCCACUCUAA